CGGCAGGAGGAGGGUCCGCAGAGCCCAGCGAGGAAGAUGGGACACGGGCUGCUCGGCGCAGAUGUGACGUCACACCGGCCCGCCAAUCCCCGGCGGGGCCUCCCUCCGGCCCGGCCUAUUGCAUGCGCCCCGUCUCUGACGUCAUAUCUAAGCGCCGCGGCGGGGCUGGUGGGCGGAGCCUGCGCCGCUCACGAGGUGGCGGGCCCGCUGCACGCCGUGCCGGCUGGACUGCGAGGCGACUCCAGACCCCAGCGGGCGGGAGUCGGGGCGGCGCGGGUCGCCAUGGCUGCGGAGCCCUUGGCCGCAGUGCCCGGCGUGCCGUCGCUGGUGGAGCGCUACUUCACGCGCUGGUACAAAGCAGAUGUAAGAGGAAAACCCUGUGAGGACCACUGCAUCUUGCAGCAUUCUAACCGAAUAUGUGUCAUCACACUGGCAGAAUCUCACCCAGCUCUUCAACCUGGAAAAACAAUCAAAAGCAUUUCCUACCAAAUUAGUGCCGGCUGUAGCAGACUUCAGAACAAAGUCUCCGGGAAAUUCAAGCGGGGGGCACAGUUCCUCACAGAGCUUGCACCUCUGUGUAAGAUCCAGUGUUCAGACGGAGAGGAAUACACCGUAUCUAGCUGUGUUCGAGGACGACUAAUGGAAGUGAAUGAAAACAUUCUCCAUAACCCAUCUAUUCUUCAAGAGAAGCCAUCCACCGAAGGUUACAUAGCGGUUGUAUUGCCCAAAUUUGAAGAGAGUAAAAGCGUAACAGAAGGGCUGUUGACGCAGAAGCAGUACGAGCAAGUCCUAAUGAAACGCACUAACGCCACAGCGGCCUCCUCUCAGGACUGAGAGGCCACACGUAGAAUUCUUAUUCCCACCUGGACCACACAGUCCACGCGCCAAAGGAGUAGCAGGUGCGAAGCUCCCUCACCGCGCCGCCCAAGGGGCUCUGGCCCUUCAACUAAACCCGCUGUCCUCGGUCCUGUGUAACGAGCCUGGGCCCACAGUGUCUCCCCUCCAAUGCCUGCCUUGCCCAGUUGCUCCUCGGUUUCUUUGGUCUUUCUGUGUGGUGUCCUGUGGAGUACACACGUUACCGUCUGUGUACAAGGACUAGGGUUCUAGCCCCCAGUCCCCACCUACAGAAAGGAAGCCAUACAAGUGGUGAAGCAAUGCUGCAAGUGUCUCUAUCUUUCUGUCCUAUCAAAUAAAAGAGAAGAAAAGGUAGGGGGGGCUGCGGAGAGCACUGGGUUUGUUGUGUAAGACCCUAGACCCAGCAAUAGCCCUGCUGGCUAUAAACGAGAGCAAGCAGAGAAUGAAUAGUCUCACCUAGAGGUGAAACUUAAGGAAGGGCAAACACAGUGAAACUUGGGCUGGACUCGGAGGUGGGGGAGGUGGGGUGGAGGGCACUGGGACCUCGUGCUUUGUGGUGGAGGAGGAGCUGAGCUGAGUCAGGUGGGAGUGGCGUGAGAAACUGCACCAGUGUGCCAACAACUAUCCUGUGAACUAGUGUUUGCCCAAUAAAGCGAUUUGGGGGGAACAUUAAAAGAAAAAAAAAAUGCACCUUGAGGAAAAAUUAGAAAAGCCAGAAAAGUCUGAAGUAAUGAAGAAAUGACUUACCAUCCUGUAACCUGCAAGUAAAUAGUACGUUGCGACGCACUCCUA